UCCUUGAUUUUCUCUGUUCCAUUUCUAAUUCCAAACCCUUCAUUUCCUCCCUUAAAGAAAAUAUCAUUAAUCAGCUUUCAUUCUCUUUAACAACCAACUCCAAAUGGAGAAAACCUUUUCUCUUCCUCCUGAGAAAUCCGGUAGUUUUGCCUGCCGUUCUUACCCUAACAAUAAUAAUAACAAUAACAACCUCGACAACUCUUCUCCAAAACAUACAUCUGAUAUUACCAUUUCUUUGUCUCCUCAAGCAUCCAGCCUAAAAUCAUUAGACUCAAUACCUGAAUCUCCUAAGGUCCAAGAAGAAAACAUUCAUAACAACAAGGAAGAAACAAACGAAGAACAACAACAAGUAACAACACCAACAGCAACAGAAGGAGGAGAUAGCAUUGCAGCAACUGAACCCGAAUCGUCUCCGUCUGAUCUUGACUCUAACAUUAACAAGUUAUCUGAGGACAUCGAUCGGUUUCUUAAUCUUUUAUCUACUGCCACGGUUGGUGACGAACGAAAUCCUCCACCGGAAAUCCCUGUUUCCAUCGAAAACUUUCUUAAGGUUGUUGAAGCGGAUUUGUUGAACCAAGAUUCGAGCAAAGAACCUGAGAAGUGGCUUGAGAAUUCGGAAGAAGGUCCCUCUCUUCUUCAAUCUACUUACAGGAUAUCAAACUUGACAAAUUCUCUCAAAGAGUUUCAUUUCGAUUUGAAUUACGCUAAGUCUUUCAAUCGUACUAGUACUGUUUUACAAAAGGCAAUGACGUUCUUAGAAGAAGAGUUUCGUGCAUUACUCGAUGAAUCUAGAAGCUGCGAAGUCGAACCGAUUGUGAUCAAUCCUAAAUCAAAGAAGCAUUCCUCUUCCAAAGAUCUUGAUCGCACAACUAGUACAGCUUGUGCUGUAAUCCCACAAGAACCUGGUUCUGCUAGUGCUGAAUCCGAAUUCCCCGGAUAUGCACCGGAGGUUGUAACGAACCUGAACCGAGUCGCAACGGCUAUGAUAUCCGGCGGGUACGAAACCGAGUGUUGUCAGGUGUAUAGCAUAACAAGGAGAAAUGUUUUUGAAGAAAGCUUAAACAAGAUGGGGUUUGAAAAGAUUAGCAUCGACGAUGUGCAGAAGAUGCAAUGGGAGUCUCUUGAGUCGGAGAUAUCUACAUGGAUUAAAACGUUUAAAAGAUGCAUCACAAUUUAUUUCUCAGGUGAGAAGAAGCUUUGCGAAGCGGUUUUCUCCGAUUAUCCUCGUGUGGCGGACAGUCUGUUCAGUAAUCUUACGCGAGGGAUCAUUAUACAACUUUUGAAUUUCGCCGAAGCUGUUGCCAUGACGAAAAGAUCAGCUGAAAAACUCUUCAAGUUCCUCGACAUGUACGAAACCUUACGUGAUCUUAUUCCAGCCAUGGACGAAGUGUUCUUCAACGAAUCGUCAGUGGAACUCAAAGCGGAAAUUUCUUCAGCCCGUUGUCGGCUCGGCGAGGCAGUGGUAAGCAUUUUCUGUGAUUUAGAGAAUUCAAUUAAGAGCGAUACUGGUAAAACGCCUGUACCUGGUGGUGCAGUUCAUCCUUUAACUCGUUACACAAUGAAUUAUCUAAAAUACGCUUGUGAAUAUAAAGAUACAUUAGAACAAGUAUUCAAUGAACACAAAAAGAUUGAUAAUCCAUCCGAAGAUGAUCAAGAAGGCGAUAAUAACGAUGAUAAUGCACGCAACAAUCAAUCGGCACCACAAUCUCCUUUCGCAUUGCAGCUAGUAAACGUAAUGGAUCUACUCGAUGCGAAUCUCGAGUCGAAAGCCAAAUUGUACAAAGAUCUUUCAUUAAGUUACAUUUUCUUGAUGAAUAAUGGACGCUAUAUAAUGCAAAAGAUUAAGGGUUCAGUCGAGAUUUAUCAUCUAAUGGGCGACAAUUGGAGUCGUAAAAGAUCCUCGGACCUUCGACAGUAUCACAAGAACUAUCAAAGAGAGACAUGGGGUAAGGUGUUAGCAUGUCUUAGAGAUGAAGGUUUACAAGUACAUGGUAAAGUCUCAAAGCCAGUAUUGAAAGAAAGGUUCAAGGCUUUUAACGCAAUGUUCGAGGAAAUUCAUAAAGCGCAGAGCUCGUGGGUUGUAAGCGACGAGCAACUCCAGUCCGAGCUCAGGGUUUCGAUAUCAGCCGUUAUGAUACCGGCUUAUCGAUCUUUCUUAGCAAGGUUUAGGCAGUACUUGGAUUCAGGGAGACAGUCCGAGAAGUACAUAAAGUAUGGACCGGAAGAUAUUGAGACGUCUAUCGAUGAAUUGUUCGAUGGGAAUCCUGCAUCAAUGGUGAGAAGGAAAUGAUCUAAUUCUCUCUUUUGUCUAUAUAUAUUAAUAUUGAUGAUCAAUGGUGUUUAUUAUGAUGAUGAAGACAAAGUUCUGAUCAGAUGGGGAUUUCUUGUUGUUGUUAAUUUGACUCAUUUUUUGGUGUUAUAUUUGUGUUUAUUAAAUGUAUGUUCUUCUUCUCCCGCAAAGAAAACAAUUUUUUUUUCGUGAUUAAAGAUGUAAAAUCUAAUUAAUGUUACCUUGAUUUUGGUUCCAA